GAAGGUGGGAACAACUGAUACUUCCCUUGUCGUAGUAGCAAGAAUGCAAACGCUACUUUUGCCGGCUGCUCGCGCCGGCAUUUUCACGGCGACGACGCCAAUUUCGUCGGCAGCUUCUGCCAACUUACCACCUCAGCUCCCGCGACUUUUGCGCCGGUCGAAUUCGUCGCCCUUGCAUUGUGUCCCCUCGUUCAAACCCUUGCAGUCACUGGCUUCUUCGUCUUCCGCUUCUUUCCCUCUUGGUGCUGUCUAUCCACUUACAAAGCACCCCUUCUACGUAAAUGCUUCUUCUCAGGUUUCUACUGCUUUCACUCCCUCCAAUGAUGAAUCAGAGAAAGCGAAACUUGCUCAGGUUUCUAAGAGACUGGAGAAGACUGCUAGGUAUUUUAAGCGUUUGGGUAGUUUAGGAUUUUGGGGUCAGCUGGUCUGCACCGUGGUGGCUGCUGUAAUAUUGUCCUUUUCUGUUGUCAUUACUGGAAAGAUCACAUCUCCAGUUACUUUUUAUGCCACUGCUGGUGGAAUAGCAGCUGCUUUUGUUUCUGUGUUCUGGUCAUUUGGAUAUCUUCGGCUAUCUGAAAAGCUUCAAAAAACUUCCAAUGAGCCUACCAAGGCCCCCCCUCGGGCUGAUGUGGUAAAGAGCUUGAAGAAUGGUAUAGGACUGAACAUUUUGGGAAUGGGUGCUACCAUUCUUGGCAUGCAAGCCACUGUUGGAUUGUUGGUUGCCAAGGCUCUGACUUCCUCAGCCAACCCAUAUUAUCAGGGAAUCUCUCCUGGAUACAGCCCGGUUCUUGCAUUGGAUGUAUUUUUGGUGCAGGCUUCAGCAAACACAAUUCUCUCUCAUUUCCUUGGGCUUGUUUUCUCACUUGAGUUGUUGCGAUCAGUCACCUUGCCUCCUUCAGAAGCUACUUCAAUCCCCAAGCUUGCAUAAGGCAUGAUUGAAGACGAGUAUGAUGUAAUUACAAUUAAAGAUGUAUACUCCUCAUUUGCAGUGGUUAUUUUCGUGAUGAAUUUUGUAACCAUUUUAAAUCUCGCGCAUUAUGUGAUCCUCUUACAAAGCUUUUGGCAUAAUGUAUUUCUGAGUAGAAAAGGACCAGCGGGAUGUUGUCUAAUAAGCAUGAUAUCAUGUGAAAAUUUGAGAACAACUGUCCCAACCUAAAUCACGACGGCAGGAGUUUGCUGUGCAGUCCAUAACUUGUAAGUUUUUUAAGUUCCAACAUGAUGGUAGCUUCUCACGGAGAAGCGGUGCAAGAACAUUACGCAGAAAGCGUAUGUAUAUCAUUCAAUAUUUGAUUUCAUUUCUGGAUCGGUUGUUUGGUUGUCUAA